GGGGCAGGGGUCCAGGAUGCUUGAGGGACCGCUAGUCACCGCAUGUCGCCCACCACUCUUUUUAUGGCUUCCUUCCUUUUCCUACUUGCUCCCUUUUCAAUCCCCACCCUACCCCUUUUCCAGUGUGUUCCAGGCCUGACACGAGUCAUUCAAAGUAGGAUUAAUAAACCAAUUGUUGAUAGGGAAUAUGGGUAGAUUUUCAUAGAUACUGCAGUGAAUGAAGAUGACAACAGUAUUUGCUGAAGAAGUUGGGAGAAAUGAACAAACACUUAGUUUAGAAAGGUUUUUGGUCUCUCUCUGGUGGGAGCGGUUUUAACAUGGUGACAGGGAGUGUAGGGACUUUGGAAUCUACAGUCAGAAUGGGGUCUUCAGUACCAACUCCAGGGCACUGACCUUGGACAAAUCUCUUGCACUUUCUCUGUCUCACAGGGCCUGUGGAGCAAAGUGAGAUAAAGUUAUCUAAAGUGCCACACCAUCAACAAAUGGUAGCUGGGGGCAUUAACAGAGUAAGGUGUGGAGGAAAAAGGAAUGAUUGAUUGGUUUUGUAAAAAUUAAACCUGUUUAAGGAGCAAAGAGGUCGUGGUUGCAUUAUGGUGGAGAGGAAAAUUGCUUAAAUCAGAGGCAAGGAGAGGGGAGAAGAGGUCAAGAGACAGGUUUAGUGGCGGAACCUUUUUUUUUUUUUUGGAACCAUUUUUGAUGAAAAGAUUGCCGAUGAACAGGAAUUUGUAAGUGUUAUAUAGGGUAUCUCCCUCAUUAAGAUUUAUUUUCUCCAUGUCAACAGAGCCAGUUUGUUUGUACUCAUGCAGUACGAUGAUACUUGUUAAAGCACACCCUUCCUGAAAGCUGGUCUGCUGGGUACAUGCAGUUUAAAGUGACUGCGACAGAGUCGCAUUGUAUGUUCUCUGGAAGCAGGGUAAAAUUGAUCAACUCCAGGAAAAGUGUUGGAACCUCAGUUCUAAUGUCUGUCUUCAUAGCUUUCUGUUCUGAUUCAACAAACUGCUAGAACAGAGUGGCAGCUGGACUUGGUCAGUAAUUGGUAUUGCAGGAUACAGGGUGCCUGUUUAUAGCAGAGUGAAGGUUAGAGCCUGUGAGGAUCAGAACUGAAGUUUUCACAGCCCAGUGUCUUUCUACAACUAUCAUGUUAACAGUGACAACAAAAAAAAAAACUUUAAAAAAUGCCUCACUGAGAUUGUCCUAUCUGUUUACUUUGAAAUUGAAUGUCAUUUUAAACAAAUUAAUCUUGAGCUACUUAAAACUGGCCAUCUUUCCUAAGUCUGUAAGCUGAGGGCAGUAUUUGAGAUGACCCAAAUGCACAGCAUAAAUUACAUCCAGCCCAGGAGAAUUGUGAAGCUCCUUCCUCAGACUGUGAAAAAGGAACUUUAAAGACCCAGUCGGGUGUACCUCUCCAGUGCUUUCACCCUCAAGGUCUUGAGUUAGUUUGGUGACCGGCCAGUUGGCACAGCUUCUGCCAGGGACACUUCAAGCUGCCUUAGGCUCACUAGCCAACAAGGUGCAAAAGCUGGGAGAGGUGAACUGCUGGGUCUGCUACUGCUCUGGGCAUCACAGAAGAGACUCAGGUGCUCUCCAGCCUGUGCAGGUUCUUGGUGGGUGAAGGAGGUGAUUGGCUUUCAGAUAUAGAUUUCAUGUGUUUAGUUUGAGUGGUUCUAUUUCUUUAUUGUAUAAGUGGUUUAAUGAUAAGCACGUGAGGUUAUUAAAAGGCUCCUGGAACAAAAGCUUUUGAAAAUGGAAGGAGAGAAAACCCUGCACUGCUCUGGUAGGGCAGUGUGGGGAGCAGGAAGGUACCCCGGUAGACAGGGUGUGGAGCUCUUCGGGGGAGAGCAGUUGUGGGGCAGGAGGAAUCCCAGUUAGAACAGUGUGUGAGUAGGACGUAGCCCAGGAAGAGCAGGGUGUAGAAGUAUCCCCAAUGGAGCGUUGUCAGAAGUGGGAAGUGUCCCAGGGGGAGCAGUGUGUGGACUAGAAAGUAUCAUGAUGUAUCAGUGCGUUGUAGGAAAUCUUCUGGGUGGAGGAGUUUAUGCGCUCGAAGAGCAGUGUGUUCAGAAGGGCAGCAUCCCUGAGUAGCAGGGAGUCUUAGUAGGAAGCAUGCCAUAGAGCCGUGUGGAGUGGGAAGUAUCCCAGGAGAACAGCGUGUGGAGUAGGAAGCAUUCUGGGUAUGGCUGUUUGUGGAGUGGGAAGCGUAGGAUGUACAUUCAGUGGAGCCGUGCGUGGGGCAGGAAGUGUCCUAGGUGAGCACUGAGUGCAGGAGGGAGGUGUCCCUGGGCACAGCGCUGUUGAGGAGGAGGCAUCCCGGUAAAGAGGUCUCUCUAUUACGGAACUCUGCUCCGGUGGAGCCCCGUCCUAGUAAGCAGUAUGUCACAGAGAGCAGUGUGUGGAGUAGGAAAGGUAGGAUGUAUCCUUGAGCGAGCACUGAGUGGAGCCAGAAGUAUCGCCGGUGGAAAGUGUGCGGAGAAGGAAGUAUCCUCCGUAGAGCAGUGUGUGGAGUGGAGAGAAUUCUGGGUAGAGAGAUCUGUAGAGUAAGAAGAGUAGGACGUGUCCCGGGGAGAGCGGUGUGUGGGUGCUUCCAGGUAACCUUGGUAGAUCAGUGUGUGAAGUAGGAAGUCUCCAGGAUAGAGCAUGGUGUGGAAUAGGUUGUGUCCUAGGUAGGGCAGUACGUGGAGUCGAAGUAUCCGUAGCAGAGCAGUGUGUGGACCACGAAGCAUCCCGGUUUAUCACUGUGUGCAGUCGGAAGUAUUCCGAGUAGAGCAAUUUCUGUAUCCCGGGUAGAACAGUGUGUGGCACAGGAAGUAACCCUGGUAGAACGGGGUGUGUAGGAGGAGGUAUCCUGGGCAUAACUGUGGACUCGGAAGUAUCCUCCAGAGAGCCGUAUGCUCACUGGGUCAGCAUCCCAAGUAGAGGGGUGUCUUAUUAGGAAGCAUCAGCUGUACAGCAGUGUGUGGGGUAGGACGUGUCCCCAGUAGAGCAGUGUGUGGAGAAGGAAGUGCCUUGGUAGUGGAGUAGGGCUGGAGGUUUCAUGGUAGACUGGUGUGUGGUACAGGAAGUAUUCUGGGUAGAGGAGUUUGUGGAUCCCUGGAGAGCACUGUGCAUGGUAGGAAGUAUCCCCAGUGUCGAGUGUGCAGAGCAGCAAGUGUUCUAGUAGAGAAGUGUGUGGAGUAAGUACUGUCCCUGGGAGGACAGCGUGUACAGCAGGAAGUAUCCCCAGCAUCAGUGUGUGGAGGAGGAAGUGUUCUGGUGGAACAGUGUAUGAGCUACCAUGUAACCUUAGUAGAGCAGUGGGUGGAGUCGGUGGGAUCCCUUUUAGAAUACUGCGUGGAGUAGGAAAUCCCCCAGUAGAGCAGCUGUACAGUAGGGAAGUCCCCCUGGAUAGAGGAGUGCUUGGUAGGAAGUAUUCCUAGUAAAGCAGGGUGUGGAAUAUGAAGUAUCCACCUUAGAGCAAGAUGUGGGGUUGCACAGAAACUUUGGGAGCGUGGGGAGGAUGCACUAGAGGCUGCUUUUGACUCAUCUUUGGUGUGAGUAAAAAUCACCUUGUUAAAAAUGCAGAUUGUCACCUUUCCCAGGAUUCUGAUUCUGUAAGUCAGGGUUAGGAUCCAGGAAUCUGCAUUUUAUCACCCAGGCCAGGAACUGAUGCAAAAGGUUAAGAAAAACUGAUUGGGGCCUAUGGCACAGGAGAAGGGGAAGGCCGCUGUGGGGUCUUGGCUGGAAUGCUGGGUGCAUUACGUGAGGAACAGGCUGAGAGUGACUGGUAAAGGGCCCUGGAGUUGAAUUCCCCAUCUCACCUCAUCCUCCCUCCCUGGGCGGAUUUUUGUCAGUGAGGAGACGCGAGGUUAGAACAGUCAGGCGUCAGGGAGAAGACUCCAAGGAGAGAGGGGGACCCCACCCUCUUGACUAGGAGAUGAUGGGUAGGAGUCUACCCUGAGGGUCUGUUGCGCUUCCUUCAAAGACCUCAACUGAGAGGUGCAUCUUGCUCUACUGUUGAUAUUGUAUUACCUUCUCUCCCCUCCCCUCUUAAGCUCUUAAGUUUAUCAGGUAAAAACAGAUUUAUGAGCGUAUGGGCCCUUCUUGUAGAAGAUGCUUAGACUGACUGUGCUGUCCAAUACAGAAGCCACGGGCCACACGUUUAAAUUAAUUUAAUUAACUGAGUUCGUCAGUUACACUAGCCACAUUUCAAGUGCUCAAGACCACAUGUGGCCAGUGGCUGCCCUAUGGGACAGCUCUGGUGUAGGGAAUUCUGUCAUUGCAGAGAGCUGUGUUGCACAGCACUGUUCCCGGGAGUAGAGAGGGAUUCAGUGAGAGGCUGUCUCGGGGGUGGGGAAGUCUGUUCGUGGGUCAGGAGCAGAGGGUCCCGAUUACAGGGUCACAAGUGCACAUGUGUCAUUCAGGAGAUCAAAGUCUGAGCCUUUGCCCUUUCCCUUCCUCCACCAAACGUCUACCUCUUCCAGGUGGCAGGGUAAUCCAGUAUUAACCACGCUCUGUUCAGUUCUCUUGCUUGACUUAAUCCCUUCUCUGUUUCAGAGAAUAUUUGCAAAAACAUUUUCUGCAAUAUCAAGCAAUUUCAUAUUUCAUUUGAGCUGCCUAAUCACAGAGCUACAUUUGUUACUUUAGACAUAUUUUGCAACGAAUGUGUUUGAGUAAUAUUUUCUCCAUUAAAAAAAUUUUUUUAAAUUUUCUCCAUUUCUAAUCUGUUUUAUUUUGCAUGUAAGAGUUGGGGGUGAGAAAAAAUUGAGCUGUUAAUUUAUAGUUAUUUAUUUUUUUAACAUCUUUAUUGGAGUAUAGUUGCUUUACAAUGGUGUGUUAGUUUCUGCUCUAUAACAAAGUAAAUCAGCUAUACGUAUACAUAUAUCCCCAUAUCCCCUCCCUCUUGCAUCUCCCUCCCUCCCACCCUCCCUAUCCCACCCCUCUAGGUGGUCACAAAGCACCGAGCUGAUCUCCCUGUGCUAUGCAGCUGCUUCUCACUUGCUAUCUGUUUUACAUUUGGUAGUGUAUAUAAGUCCAUGCCACUCUAAUUUAUUAUUCAUAGCACUUUCCCUUCCUUCUCCCUUACUCCUUCUCACGUACUUUGACCUUUAAACUAACCAAGACAGAAGGGGCUUAAGAGUAUAGGAGUCAAGGCAGCUGGGAGUUCCUGAUGUGUUUUAUGACCGUAAGUCAAAAAGUAUAUUAACAAAACCCAACUUUUUUUUAAUAGGUGAGCAAAACAUGACAGAAACAGAUGCCUUCCCUACGAGAGAAGUGUUUGAUCCGGCAGAAACGUACAAAAUGAACCACAAGAGGAGAGGAAUUGCUUUAAUCUUCAAUCAUGAGAGGUUCUUCUGGCACUUAACCCUACCAGACAGGCAGGGCACCAGCGCCGACAGAGACAAUCUUAAGCGCAGGUUUUCAGAUCUAGGAUUUGAAGUGAAAUGCUUUGAUGAUCUUAAAGCAGAAGAACUACUGCUCAGAAUUCACGAGGCAUCAACCGCUAGCCAUGUAGACGCCGAUUGCUUUUUGUGUGUUUUCCUGAGUCACGGUGAAGGCAACCACAUCUAUGCAUAUGAUGCCAAGAUUGAAAUUCAGACACUGACUGGCUUGUUCAAAGGAGACAAGUGUCAGAGCCUGGUUGGAAAACCCAAGAUAUUUAUCAUUCAGGCAUGUCGGGGAAACCAGCACGACGUGCCAGUCAUCCCUUUGGACGCAGUGGAUCAUCAGACCAGCAAGCUGGAUGUCAACCUAACCCAGGUGGAUGCAGCCUCAGUUUACGCACUUCCUGCUGGAGCAGACUUCCUCAUGUGUUACUCUGUGGCAGAAGGUUAUUAUUCUCAUCGGGAAACUGUGAAUGGCUCAUGGUACAUUCAAGAUUUGUGCGAGAUGCUGGGAAAAUUCGGGUCCUCCUUAGAGUUCACAGAACUCCUCACGCUGGUGAACAGGAAAGUUUCUCAGCGCCGAGUGGGCAUCUGCAGAGACCCAAGUGCAAUUGGAAAGAAGCAGGUGCCCUGCUUUGCCUCAAUGCUAACUAAAAAGCUGCAUUUCUUUCCAAAAUCUAAAUGAUUGAUAGGUGCUAUUUUGUUUUAUGUAUCUGUAUUUUUAUAUAAAGAAGUAUCACUCGGUUGAAGCAAUCUAAAUGGUACAGCAAUUUUAAAUGUCUUAAGCUCUAAUGAGAGAACUUUACAAAAAAACAGCUCACGUUGGACAUGGUGAAGGGGUUUGAUAUGUGUAGAAAUGAAAUCCUCAGGGAAUUCCUAUAAGUAAAAAUCCACAAGCAUUUGUAAUACUUGACUUUUGUAGUAAAUUGCAAGGUUAGUCAAAAUACCUGACUGAUUUAACUUGUAUUCUGUGACUUUUUAUAAAACUUUAUAAUGUUUUUAAAAGUUUUUGAACCUAAUAAUUUGUUGUUUUCCUUUAAUAUCUGAAAUUCAUCCUUUAUUAAAUUUUUCAAAUUCA